AUGACCCAAGACGAGCCGGCAAACAAGAAGCGAGAACUCUCCGCACUCCAAGACCAAUUUAGUGAGCUUAGCGAGAAACUCAAAGCCAACUUGGGACCCCAUGGCAAGCCUAUGGUCAGAACGUACCUAGUUGUGCAUAUGGUUCUGUGGAAGCUGGCUAUGUGUGUGGCGGACAUCGAUGCUGGAGAGCCGCAUCGCUCUACCAAUCAUGGCAAGUCCGUCCAGGUCGUCCUCAGGCGGGUGCAUGAAAUUAUCACGGAGAUGGUUUGGACAAAGAGUGAUGAGGAUGUUGUGGAGGCUGUGGAAGAGGCCCUUGACGCUGUAAACCUGUAUACUGCUGGAUUAGAUGCCUGCGGAGACAUGGAAGGCUGGAAGGAUGGAGAGGAGGAGGUACAGGGUCGGAAGAAGCAGGGGAAGGAGAAGAGAACCGCAGAGUGGUGGCAAUACGAACUCAUGGGACUCCCAUGCGAUGAUAUUCUUUGA